AUGAUGGCUACAGAGAUACAAUACAGUUGCAUAUAUGAUGGCUACAAAGAUACAAUACAGUGGGUAGUUUUCUGUGAGGAGGAGACACGUAUAGAUCUGAAAAAACUGAUUAAUAUACUCAGUAAAUAUGACCAAAAUGAGCCACACUUUCUAGGAAAGGCUCUCAGAGAUAAAGAAGCAACUAUUAUACAUCAUUUCAAAUUCAUAGAAAAUCCAUCCAAGUUUGCCUUCCCUGACUUUGCAGCUGGGUUUGCAAUAAGCAGAGAUUUAUUAAUCAGUUUACAGAAGAAAAUAAGAUCUGAAGUGUUGGACAAUAAUUUUUCAAUUGAUCCAAAACACGAGCUUGCUUUGUAUAUAUGGAAAGAUGGGGAGGGACAUGAGUUAACUGAACAGCCAGGGUUUUGUACAGCCAAUCCUGGGCCAGAGUGUGCCACUUUAUAUACUACCUCCCUCCCACAAUGUGGUUCUCCAGUUGACAAGGAUGACAUCUAUAUUGCAGUGAAGACAUGUGAGAAGUUCCAUAAAGACAGGGUACCAAUUGUUUUAAAGACCUGGGGUAAACAUGUUCCUCAUAUAGAGUACAUCAGUGAGACCCUAGAUAAUGACAUACCCACUGUGGAAACUGGACUUCCAAACACAGAAUCUGGACACUGUGGUAAACUUGAGUUUAUUUUAAAGAGGGCAGCUACUCACCCAGAGCUCAUCUCCAAACCUUGGAUAGUCGUUGCAGAUGACGACACAGUACUAAGUUUUAACAGGCUACGCAGGUUCCUGUCAUGCUAUGAUCCAAAUGAGCGAAUUGUCAUAGGAGAACGCUAUGGUUACGGUGUUGCUAAGGGUUAUGGCUACAACUACCCCACAGGAGGCGGAGGCAUGGUAUUCAGUCGUGCAGCCAUUGAGAAGUUAAUGUUUGAUGGCGACCGUCCAUUCAACUGUCCAUCGUUAGAUACUCCAGAUGAUAUGAUUCUUGGAUCUUUCUGUAGAGGUCUAAAUAUUCCAUUAGUACAUUCCCCUCUUUUUCACCAGGCCAGACCGGAUGAUUAUUCUGAAGGUUACCUCAGCUGGCAAAGUCCAAUCUCAUUCCACAAACAUUGGAACAAUGAUCCAAUCAAAGUCUAUGACACAUGGUUCAAAGAGGCUGAUCUUGAAGACAUUGAUGGCAAGGAAUAUAAUGAUAAUGCACAACAAAAUAAAGACAAGGAUGAGCUAUAGCAGAAUUUGAAUAAUCAACUUCUUAUACAGUAAAACCUGUCUAAUUCAAACUCCUCUUGAACCAGCCAAAAAUGUUUGGGUUCUAAUUUCAAGGUU